CAGUCUCUCCCAGGGCAGAGUGCGAUGAAGUCCCACCUCUCAGGAAAUAACACCCCUUGUGUUCUGCUUAGCUUUAGAGAGAAAGACUCUAAGAUAUUUCACAGAUUUAACUUUCAUAACCAAGAGACAUGACCGAGAACUUAACAGUACCCGACAUUUUGAAUAAUUCAGGCUACGAUGAUUACGAGAACUAUCCAGGCAGCGAUAAUUUUGCUCCAAGCUACAACGGCAACACGAAGGCCUUCAGUGAAGUUUUUCUUCCGACUUUCUAUAGCAUAGUCUUCAUCAUUGGCUUCAUCGGGAAUGGCCUGGUAGUGUGGGUCCUCAUCAGAUACCGCCAGAACUUCAAUAUGACAGACGUGUGCCUCUUAAACCUCGCCAUCGCUGACCUGCUCUUUCUUGUGUCACUUCCCUUCUGGGCUCAUUCGGCCAGGGCUGACUGGAUCUUUGGUAAAUUCAUGUGUCAUACCGUAACGGGCCUUUACACGCUGGGUCUCUACGGCAGUAUCUUCUUCAUGGUGCUUAUGACAGUGGAUCGCUAUGUCUUCAUCGUCCACCCCAACAGUAUCUUUUCCAAGAACCACUCUGCCAAAAUGGGUUUGGUUUUGGCUUCAUUUGUGUGGAUCCUCAGCAUGUUUGCAUCUCUCCCAAAUAUUAUAAUUGCCCAUGAGUCCAAAGAGAUGAAUAAUUCAACAUAUUGCGGAUCAUACUACUCAAGUGAUGCCUUGAAGACUUUUAUUUACUUUAAGAUAAACGUCUUGAGUCUGUUUCUUCCUCUGAUUAUAAUGGGGUAUUGUUACGCACGGAUCAUCCCAACUCUUAUAAACCUCAAAUCACAAAAUCAACACAAAAUCAUCAGACUCAUUCUGGCUGUGGUGGCUGUUUAUUUCCUCUUUUGGACACCAUACAACAUUACCAUAUUCCUUCUCUUCAUGCAGACACAAGGCUACAUGCAGUCACACGAGUGGCAAAACAGUUUGAGUCUGACCAUGCAAUGGGUGGAGACUAUCGCCUACAGUCACUGUUGCCUCAAUCCCAUCAUCUACGGCUUGGUUGGAGAGAAGUUCAGAAGAGAAGUCAUAAAGGUGUUAAAGGAGCAGUUUCCCAUGUGCUUCAGACAAUGCUCAGCUUUCUCACAACAGUUAUCUGAGAACAGAACCUCUCCGUUCUCAAGAUCAAAUGAAUAGUCUAGUUCACACAUGUAGUGCACUGCUGAUUCAGUAUGAAAUUAUAGCGUUUAUUUAUAAAAGAGUAUUUUCAUUUUGAACAAAUCUUGUUCUUCUCUUUAACUGAAUGUAUUAUUACACUGUAAAUGUAAAUGUAUCUAUAAAAUGUACAUAAGGAUUUCCACAUAAUGAUUUGAUAUGUUUUCAUUUUGUUUUUAAAAAUAUUUUUCUUAUUUUGCUUGUAGCAAUUUAGCUUAUAGCUUUGUAAGGUUGAAUUGUUGAUUUAAAUUUACUGAAUGUGAAAAAAAUGCAGGAAUAUGUGCAAUCUAGUAUUCCUGGAAGAAUUAAAUGGAAUAUAAUGUAGACUGUGUCAUGUGGUUGGUAUGUUUGUUUGUGUGAGUGUGUGUGUUUUAGGGGCUGUCUGUACCUUAAAGCAGAAUUGAACCCUAGACAUGCUAGCCCGUUAUCACAGGUAAUUUAUUUCCAUUUUGCAUUUUACCCGAGGAAAAAAAUAAAUUUGCACGAUUUCGAUAAAUUAGAUUGAUAGUGUGUUGAAUCGAAAAUUUCGUAACAGUCUUUGAUGGACUCAAUUAACAAAGGAUAUCCAGGUCAAAAACACAGGUAGGCUAUAACAACAUGGAAACACUAGAAUAAGGAAAAAAAUCACCAACCUUUUUUCGCCCAGGAUCCCAAACCUCAGCCUUGACGAAAGCAAAGAUCUACCUAUCAAAGGGCCCAGACCUCUAACUUGAGGCGUUUAAAGGUGCACUGUGUAAUUUUUAGAAGGAUCUCUUGACAGAAAUGCAAAAUAAUAUACAAAACUAUAUUAUCAGGGGUGUAUAAAGACCUUUUUAUAAUGAAUCGUUAUCCUUUUACUACCUUAGAAUGAGACGUUUUUAUCUACAUACACAGAGGGUCCCCUUACGUGGAAGUCGCCAUUUUGUGAUGCCAUGUUUCUACAGAAGCCCUUAACGGACAAACUUUUUUACUAAGUUGUCUCCGACAAUGACAUGUUUUUCCAGUGGCGGCUACCGUAGCUUCUCUAUGUGUUUCAAAAGCAAGGGGUGAGCAGUGGAAUGAGCCAUUGGUUGCAAUUCGCAACCUCACCACUAGAUGCUGCUGAAAUUUACACACUGCACCUUUAAUUUAGGCUAAUUAUAUUUGAAUUACAUAAAAUGCAUGGAUCCAAUUUUCAAAUCCCAAGAAAACCCUACUGAAAAAUCCAACAAAGACCAGCAUAAGCUGGUGAGCUGGUCUCCCAGCUUGGUUUUAGCUGGUAUUGCUGGUGUAGCAAGCUGGUCAAGCUGUGUUUUGGUCACUUUUUAAGCUGGUCUAGCUGGACUUAGCUGGUCAUGCUACAAGACCAGCUGACCCACCAGCUUGACCAACUUUGCCAGGCUGGGAGGACCAGCUACUGCCACCUUAAACCAGCUAAAACCAGCUACCAGCUUAUGCUGGUCUUUGCUGGAUUUUUCAGUAGGGAACUCAUACUAUUUAAAGGACAAGUUCAGU